CCAGUCUUAUAAAUGUUUUAUUAUGAUUCAGAACGUUAAUGAUCAUGCAAAUAAUUAUAUAUAAAAAUAAUAAUAUGUCAUGCACAUAUCAAGUUACCAGAAAAAUUGGCCUUUUAUGAUUAUAUUGGCAAUAAUCCUGCUAAAGGUGGGCUAUUUCGUGCUGGUCCUAUGGAUAAUGGAGAUGGAAUUGCAGUAGGUUGGUUAGGUCAUGCAGUAUUUAAAGAUAAAGAAGGACAUGAAUUAUUUGUACGUCGUAUGCCUACCUUCUUUGAGACAUUUCCAGUUGUUUUAGUUGAUGAAGAGGGCAUUGUUAGAGCAGAUUUACCUUUCCGUAGAGCAGAAUCUAAAUACAGCAUAGAACAAGUUGGUGUAACCGUCGAAUUUUAUGGUGGUGAAUUGGAUAAUGUAAGCUUUAGUGUGUGACAAGAUCAAUAGAAAGCAUAAUGUCAAACAAUGUCAAUGAAAACGAAUCAAAACUCACUAACUCA